AUGGCCUCUUCCAGCAGCGACAUCAACACGGGCGAGCUAUCGGCCGCCCAGAAGUUGAUGAACCAGCACGCCGACGUUCCCCACCACGUGGAGAUCGAAGAGGUGCCUGACGAGGAUCUGCCCCUGAAGGCUGCCGAGAAGCCCAAGGAGACCCAGCGUCCCAACCAGCGCCUCGACACCCAGUCCCACGACCUUUUCCCCGAGCUUGGAGCUGGAAAGGGCAAGGGAAGCGCCAAUGUUGCCCCUAUUUGGGGUGCGAAAAACACCAACGGAAGGAGCGCCUCGCCCGCCAACGGCAUCUCGCGCACCUCGACCCCAGGCUCUGGUACCGGAACCCCCAGGGGCGGUGCUCCCCUGCUGAACAUCCCUGGCCGUAACGUCGAGAACCUCGUCCUCGAGCCGCAGUACAUUCUUCCGCGUGGCCAAUUGCGCCGCCCGAUUCCUGAUAUUAUCAAGGACAUCAACCGCAAGAGCCGUGCCAACAUCACCAUGUCGACCUCUAGCAACGGAAGACUCAAGUUUGAGGCCACAGGCCAGCAGGACGUUGCGCAGCAGGCCCUGAAGGAUCUGGUCCAGCAGAUUGGCACGACGCAAACGAUCAAGGUUCCCAUUCCCCAGUCAGCGCGUGCCCACAUCAUCGGUCGCCAGGGUUCCACCAUCAAGGCCCUGCAGCAGAAGUCGGGUGCCCGCAUCCAGAUGCCCAAGCAGGAUGAGAACGUGCCCCAAGAUGAUGAUGACGACGAUGCCGUUAUUGACGUCAUCGUGGAAGGCAAUGCGGUUUCUGCGGCUGCAGCUCGUAACGAGAUUCUGAAGAUCGUUGGUGACCGCGGCGCCAGUGCCACGACCAAGCUCCGCGAUAUCCCCGCGCAGUUCUACCCCUUUAUUGCCGGCCCCAACAACAGCCUGCUCGCCCCUUUCGAGACCGAUGGCGUUCAGAUUCGCGUUCCGCCGUACCAGGCGUGGGCCUCGGAGCCUCUCCCCGCUGUGCCCAACCCCGGACAGCGCCCUACGUUUGUGCCCGCCUCUCGUGACAACCACAUCUCGCUUGCUGGUGACCGCGCUUCCGUUCAGGCCGCCCGCUCCGCCAUCGAUCGGCGUGUUCAGGAGCUGCACGACCAGCUCCUGAUGCAGCAGGUGUCUAUCCAGCCUGGUCGUCACCAGUUCAUCAUUGGCCCCCGUGGCGUCACUGCUGAUCAGUUCUUGUCCGAGACUGGCUGUGCCAUCUUCCUGCCUGACGAUGGCGACAACGACACCAUCACUGUCAUUGGUCCCCCGCAACAUAUUGACAAUGGCAUGGAGCACGCCAUGGACCUGGCGAUGAACAUGCAGAGCUCGUCGCUCGACAUUUCACGAUUCCACAAGAACGCUCCUGGUGGCGGUGCCCAGCACGCACGAAACGUCACCAGGUUCCUGCGUCACCGUGGCCUUCUCGCUCAGCUUGAGGAGGCUCACAACUUCCACGCCAAUACCCCUCGUGCCUCCGAUGGCGGUGCUCUUCCCUGGGAGCUGUACGCACGUGAUGGCAAGAAUGCCUUGAAGGCUCAGAGCAGCAUUAGCAGCCUUGUGAACGCCUUCCCUCCCUCCAGACUCUCGGCCAUUCCCGUCGACCCCUUCUUCCACGCAUAUCUCCGUAAGGACGUCACUCCUCGCAUGACGCAGUCUCACGGCGUCCACGUUAUCCUUCCUGGCGCCGAGGACAGCGAUGGCCCCGUUCUUCUUGUGUUUGAGGGACCCUCGGCUACCGAAUCCAAGCCCGAGAUUAAGCCUGGUGCCCCUUCGGCCGACGAGAUCAAGGCUUUUCAGCAGGGCAUUGAAGAGGCGAGCAAGCAUAUCCUCGACAUCAUCAACAAGCAAGAAAACAUUACUGCUGCUUCUGUUGACGUGCCUCACAAGUUCCACGAGCGUCUUCGACGCUUCAUCAAGAAGGAGCAAGCUCAGCGUGCUGCUGAUCAGAUCCCCGUGCGCGUCUCUUCGACGGGCACGACUGUCACUGUCCGUGGUCCCGCUUCUGCUGUCACUUCAUUCGAGACCAAGAUCAAAGAGUUUGUUGAACAGGAGAAGCAAGACGACAAGGAGCGUGGUUUCACCAUGGACUUUGACUUCCCCCAGAAGUUCGCCAACCACCUCAUUGGCAAGGGCGGUAGCAACAUCAAUGAGCUGCGUGAGCGCUUCGACGUCGAGAUCCAGGUUAACGAGGGCAAGGUUGAGCUGAAGGGUCCUAAGGCCAAGGCCGAGGCUGCCAAGGCUCACAUCCUUUCUCAGGGCAAGGCCUGGGCCGACGAGGCGACGCACAUCAUCAAGGUCGACCCCAAGUUCCACAAGGACCUCAUUGGAUCCCAGGGCAGUGUGAUCAACCGCCUGCAGACGAAGUACAAGGUUGUCAUCAACUUCCCUAAACCUGCCAAGGCCCCCAAGGAGGACGCCGCAAACGCCGAUGCUGCCAGCGAUGCUGGCAAGCCUAAGCGUCACCAGGAGCCUGACGAGGUCGUUAUCCGUGGCCCUCGCAAGGGCGCGGAUGAGGCUCGCGAUGAGAUUCUCUCCUACCUCCAGUGGCUCAAGGACAACUCUUUCACUGCCACUGUGACUGUGCAACAGAAGCAGGUCCCUUCGCUGAUCGGACAGGGCGGUGCUGCCCUCGAUGAGCUGCGUCAGAGCACUGGAGCCAAGAUUGACGUUCCCGGCGAGCGCAACUCCGAGACUGCCGAGAUCCAGAUCAGGGGCCCUAAGGCUGCCGUUGCUGCUGCGAAGAAGGCGAUUGAAGAGAAGCGUGCUAUCUUUGAGGAUACCGUUGUGAAGACGCUCGAGGUCGACAAGAAGUUCCACAGGGACCUGAUCGGGCCCGGAGGUUCUAUUCUCCGUGACAUCGUUGUCAAGGCUGGUGGCUCUGAUGACCGUCGCGAGCUCGCGCGCACCAUUCAGUUCCCCAAGCAGGACGCCGAGGCCAACACCGUCAAGGUCGAGGGUCGCACGGAUGUUGUCGACAAGAUCUGCGCGCGGAUCCUGGAGAUCGUAUCCGAGAAGGAGAACCAGGUCACCGAGAUCCUGGAGGUUCCUACCGACAAGCACAGGACCCUUAUCGGCAGGGGUGGCGAGACCAAGCGUCAGCUCGAGACGCAGCUGUCGGUUUCUAUCGAUGUGCCAAGACAAGGCGACGGCAAGACUGGCGUGAAGCUUACGGGCAGCUCCGAGAACGUGGCCAAGGCCAAGGAGCACAUUGCUUCGCUGGUCAAGGAGCAGGAGGGUGAGGCGCUGCAGGUUCCCCGCAGCCUCCACCAUGCCGUCUCGAACAACGGCCAGAUCUUCCGUCAGCUGCGCAGCAACCACCAGGUCACGGUCAGCCACGACGGACAGUCGGUGCCAGCCAAGUCUUCUGCCACUCGCGCCAACGGCGGUGCUCUGCCCCUGAUUACGGACGACGAGGAGACGACGGCCGAUGCUCAUUCUUGGAAGGUCGAGAGCGUCGGCUCCACCGAAGAGGGCGACAUUGCUUGGGUGCUGCGCGGCCCCCCCGAGGGCAUCGAGAAGGCCAAGGCCAGCAUCAACAAGGCGAUCGAGGAGGCCCGCAAGAACACCACUGUCGGCUAUCUGAUCCUUCCCGACCCCAAGACGUACCGUUUCGUCAUUGGUCAGGGCGGCAGCACCGUCAACACGAUCCGCAAGCACAGCGGCUGCAGGAUCACAGUGCCUCGCAGCGACUCUCAGGAGGAGGCCAUCGAGGUCGUCGGCACUGCUGAGGGUGUCGAGCAGGCGAAGGACCUCAUCCUGGCGGCCGUCCGUGAGGGUCAGGUUCCCCGUGAGCCCCGCGAGUAG